UUAUUCAUUCAUAUUGUCACUGUCCUUACAUAGAUCUACACUUAUUUUAAUAUUAAACUAAACUAAAGUAGAUCUUAUUGAUCUACAGACGAUCUAGAGAUCAAGUCAUUCAAGUCUAGCUCUACUACCGAGGGUCCCCAGUCCGGUCCUUUACUUGGUUACUGUUUUGAAAUGAAUCCUGUGCAGCAAAAGAUACCCUGUGUGUAUGAUAUUGAUGUGUGUGAUGAAGCCUCUAGCAAGAGACACAAUCAGCAAUACAGAGUGGUGGCUACAGGAGAAAUGAAUUUGGUUGCUGAACAAGAUGGUGUCAACACAACUGCAAAAGUCACUGAAAAACUGGACGGCACUUGCUGCUUGGUACAAGAAUUCCAAGGCAGACCCUGGUUGUGGGCUAGAUAUGAUCGUAAGCCAAGCAAAGCUGGUGAAAGACGAUUAGCUUUAUUUAAUAAAACUAAACUAAAGCAAAUACAGAAUGAAGGAAACACAGAAGAAGUGUUUAAAUGGGACCCAAAAAAAGAUUUCAAGGAACCACCUCAGCAUUGGGUUCCAGCUACUCAACUUGAAAAGAAAGAUGGUUUUGUUAUGCCAGACAAGCUUGGACACACACCAGGAUGGAUACCUGUUGAACCAGGCUGUCGUCAGCAGUGUUGGCACCUCUCAUCUGUGGACCUUGAGUUGGGAGUAGCACUUGUGCUUAGUCAGGAUACUAAUGAGCCAGACAGUCUUGUGCUAAAGUCUCAGUCAUUGUCCUCUCUCUGUGGUCAGACUUGUGAAUUAAUAGGCACCAAUAUUAAUGGAAAUCCUUACAGUUUAGGCACAAAGCAAUCUCCAGUUCACAUUUUGGUACCUCAUGGAAGUAUAUCAGUGGAGUGUCCCAGGCCAUCUGAUUAUAAAAGUUUAUGUGAUUGGUUUACCAGUGAGUCACCAGAGUCUUUGAUUGAAGGCAUUGUCUGGCACUGUGGCAAUGGGGCUCUUUAUAAACUUCACAGACAUCACCUGAACCUGAAGUGGCCACUUCCUGAGACUCAUCUCUGUCAUAAAAAAGUUCUAGUUCAAGUUAAACUACCUGAAACUGUUGCAGACAGUGCCGCUGGCAGUGGGAAGCAGAAAGUGCAGAGUCUGUUUUCUCGAUUGAGUCAAAGUCAAGUUCUCAAUUCUCUCAAAGACCUGCACCUGAUGUUUAAAGAUGACCCUACAGCUGCUGUGGAUACAUAAUGGCAAUAUAUUUCAAGAAUAUAUUUUUUCAUUUAGAGUUUGUUGCAAUAUGGCUAAUGCAAAUACAUGCCUUUUAUAUAUGCAAAAUUUUCAUUAAUUUAAAAUGAUACCUGUAUUCGGUACAUUUUAAAGAAUAAUGUUAAAGUAAAUUUUUCCUUGAAUUUAAAAUAUUUUGAAUGGCUUCCUGGGCAUGCAGUAUGAGCCCUGGACUACUGUCUUCUUGAUGGACCUAGGUUCAAAAACUGCUAUCCACUAUCUUGAAGGAGGUUUUAGGCUAAGAGUGACUAAGAUGUAAUAAUCUUCAUUUCUGAAGGAAUGUGUGGAAACAUAAAUGUCAGUCCCAUCAAUCAAACGUACAUGUCAGUUCCAUCAAUCAAAUCUUGUUAUGUGCAACUUGUUUACUUCACAUACACCUCUACUUUACAGUUCGUCCCACUGUCUCCCAGCAAUCAGAUUACAUACUAGUGUAUGAUUUUAGCUAGGUAGGUUAUAGCCAGGGAGGAAUGGGUGUCAAAAAUCGGCCCGGGCAUUACCAUAUGAUUUGGCUCACAACUUGAUUGUGUAUGAUAUAAAUAAAACUGAACGCAUGUAUGCAAAUGUGGGUUUCUAAAACGUAUUGUAUUUUAGAUGUAAAUAGGUUAGGUGGUUAGGGAAAAUUUGUAAAAGAAAGAAAAUCUAUGCAAUCUUAAUUAUUUAUUACAUUAUUUUUGAUAAUGAUAAUUUUGAUAAGAGUAAAGCAUAAUACGUGAUGAUUACCUUUCAUGUAUUGUGCCCCUGCUUCAUACUUCUAUCUCUCCCUCCCCCACUCCUGUAAAAUGUUUGGAGUAUUUUGAAGUUACAACCAAAACAUGUCAAACAAACCAAAAAUUUAAAAAGGAAGUAAAAUGAAACAUUCUUGCAACAGAUUCAAGAGAUAAGAAAAGUCCCAUAUCAACAAACUACUCGCUUACAGGUCGUUUAUGCUGUGGGGUACAUGCAGAGAAUUCAUAAACCAAAAUUAGGUUUCUUGUCUCUCUAUUUAACAAUACUAUGCACAUGGCCAAUUUUAUUUCUGUCAAAAUAAAAAAAAAGAAACUACCCAGUAAAUAUUUAGUUCUUGUUAAUGUGUAGCCUUUGUACAGUGCAUUGCACCCAAUAAGAGCUGCAGGGAGUAUUUAAUAUUUAUUUACCUGGUACAUCCAAUUAUAUUUUAGUCCUUAUUUACUUAACUGUCCUGCAUAUUUAGUGAAAACUAUUUUACAGAACUUUAUCAUUAUAUUAAUUCCAAUCUGUUAUAUUUUACUAUUAGCAUAAAAAAAUGUAUUUCAGUUUGUAGUUCCAAAUACUGUAUUUGCCAGGUAAUCUUUAACAAAAAGUUCAAUAUUACAAGUCCAAAGAAUGAUGACCUAGUGCUUCUUGGCAAUAUUAAUUACAAAGACUAUUCCCAUAACUGCCUUAAUUUUGAAAGUGUUAUAUUGUCACUUGUUCUGUAUUCUAACGGACAAUCAGGGCAUCACUAUUGUCCAGUUCCUUGAUUUUCUGAGGACAUCCUUAAAAUGUCCCCCAGUGUGAGACAUGCAUUCCUUGAAGUCAUUAUUUAACUUCUAGUGGGUAGCCUUUAGUGCAGGACUGUAUUUACAUACUUCCUAAGAAUUUUGUGUGAUGCUAUGACCUAUACAUUUUUAGCAAGCAGUUUAAGUCAGAAUAAUUUAUCUCAGGAAUUGAACCCAACACCUCACACAUCCUAAGAAAAUUUAGAUUCUAUUACUUACAAGCUACUACUAACAUAAAACCCAUACAUAAAACAUAAAGUCCCAUACAAUAUUGUUAAAUACCAGAUUGUAAAUUCUAGCAAAACUAAAAAGAAUGAGUUAUUAGAAACGUGUGUGUGAGUGGUUGAAAGAAAAGUGUAGACCUUUACAUUUGGAUCCUAAUUGUUUUAUAAUUUUAAUAUCCUGUUAUAUUUGAACUGUUUGUUCACACUAUGUUGCUAAUAUUUGCAUUUAUUUUAAAUACAAACAAUUUUCUGUCA